GACAAUUCGAGAGCAGAACUCUGGUGUAAAGGAUGGAGACCUCAACAGUGCUCUUGACUCAUGCGAGGAAGAGUUGAUUAUUGAGAACAAGCGCAGUCUCAAGGAAACCAUUCUAGCGAGAUUCAUUCGAUUCAACUCUUUACCGAAGAAAACUGAAAAGGUUGAGACCAAUAAGGAAGAUGAAGUCUUGUACGAGGACCAAGUCCCACCAGAUACGGAGAAUAAGGUUAAUCUUAGAAAGCGGAACUAACAGGAUACUCCCCAACAUGGACGACUCUUUGAACCUUAAAAGUGACAAAGUCUCCUUACCUGAUGAAGAGCGGUUGGAUUACCUCACCAAAAAGUCCAACAACCGGUCUAAUUUCGAUUUCAAGAAUAAUAAGUCCAAGACCGGCACAAAGGUGAUUAGAAAUGUGAGAAAUCAAGAAAUGUAUCGGAAGAAGCUAAUGAAGCGUAAAAAUGAAAUUAUCAAGGAGUCUAACAAGCACGAGAUCGUUUGGGUGUGCCUACAACUCUUCAUUGCCAUCUUCCAAGCGCUGAUUAACGUCUUUGCCUGCUUCCUGUUUAUUUUUGAAACAUAUAGUUCUAGUAACACUGUUGACAUAAUCGGGCUGACUAUCGGUAUCUACUUUACUAUUGAAAUGGCUAUUACUUUUUAUUAUCACAGCAAGCCAAAGUACCUAUAUUUUAGGAAGAAUGAGUUCUGGAUUGACUUCCUCACUGUUGUGCCAGAGUACCUUGGCUUACUCUCCUUUAUUGGCACCUUUAAUGUUGGAUUUUUAAGGAUUUUGAGAGUCUUCAAAAUCAUGAGAAUAGUCAAAUUUACAAAAACCUUCCAGAAAUUACAAGUUGGAAGAAGGAACAACGAAAUGAGACCUCUUGAAGAAGUCCUUCAGAGAAAAUUAAACAAAGAUCUGCUCGUUAUGGUCAUUACUAUGUUCGCAAUUCUGUUUAUCAGCACAGGUGUGAGUUUAUUCAUGCAAGAUUCGACCUCAAACUCCACUACUGAAGAGAUGAAAUUUGUGGAUGGGUUCUAUUUCAUGCUGACCACAGGUUAUGUCAUCGGGUAUGGUGACAUUCUCUUUGAAAAGGGUUCACUCAGGAUAAUCCUGGCACUCAUAAUCGUGGUAAUGCUUCUUAUCACAAGUAAUCAGAUUUCCAAAAUUGUUUCAUCUAUUCGUGAAUCGGAUAAAUAUGACAUAAAGUACAAUUUGAGGUCUCACACGAUAAUAUUUUCGAACAAAUUGGCUGAGAUAAGUUCGUUUAUUCUUCAUUACCUUGCUCACAACCCAGACGAGAAGAUCCUAAUCGUUGACGAUAUUUCAAUGGAAUCGAGAAUGAAAUAAGCUAACUGAAUUUGACUUUUUCGAGGGGAGGGUGUACUUCCUCUCCACUCGUACUGGUAUAAAUACUAAGAUUAUUACGAAAUCCUGUGCGAAAAAGGCAAAGAGAAUCUUUUUCAUUAGCAGUCCCUUCCUGCACAACCUUGAGGGCCAAGACAACCAGGCUAGCUUUGAAGAAGCUUAUUUGAGAAAUCGAGGCGUUAAGUGUGAGAUUUAUGUACAAUUAGUCGUACAGAACGAGCAGUUCUUGGUCAAUAUGAAUGCAAAGAAGCGGAUGAGGAUCGAGACCAUGGCAUCAGAGAAUGAGAGUGAUGAUUCUUCAGAGAAAGAUGCAAUGGAGACCUACCAUCCUGUGAAGAAGGAGAAUAAGGUUUCUCCUGAAAUUAUUCCAAUGACUAAGGCUUUAUGAUACAGUAAGUUCAAAUACAAGUUGUUCUCCAAAGCUACCUUCGAACCGGGGUACAUUCCACUUUUGGCAUGAUUCCUAGUGGAAAAUCCAGUGCCUGUUAUCAAGACUGAGGGGUCUUUUCACGAUAAUUUCUGUGAUGAAUAUUAUGCAUCUCUUUCAUACAACUUCUAUGUCUGAGAAAUCCCAUACGUUCUUGAAAACAUGGUCUUCGAGGAAGCUGUUAAAAGAAUUCAGCUGCUCGAACAACAUGAGCACUUCAGAAGCGAACAGAUCAAGUUCAGAAUGAUCGGACUUGUAGAGACCAAUGAAAUUACUCAUGCUGAAGAGUUUUUGUAUGCUCCAUUUGGAAGAAUCAUUAGGGACUCUGCGCUCGAUAUUGGCAAUGAUAACCUUGAGCAAGGCUAUUACCCGACUAAGGUCAGAGGCAUGUUCAUGGCUAAUAACCCGAAGAUACGGAAUUUGCUGAAGGAAAAAACCGAAGCUGACAAGAUGCUUCGAGAAAUGCAGAAGGCAAUUAAGAUGAACGAGCAUCUUACCGAACGGAUGUAUGGCUUCAGUAACUCUCAUAUUGAGAAAAGCCUUGGCUACAGUAACCUUGAGAAGAUCUUCGCAGCUGGUAGGAAAGAAGGCAGCGUAAGGAUUAAUUCUUCUAUCCAAAACUCAGCAAAAACAAGGAAAAAGAGUCAAUGGAAAGAUCAGCCAAAAGAUCUUGAGGAGGAAAGCAAGCUUAGCCUAGGUAGAGGUGAUAAUGAGGAUGUGAAGCAAAAGAUAUUACAUUGCAUAAUCCCGACUAUUUUCAAGAAGUUCUCAUGGCAACGCUCGUUAAAAGACAACGUUAUCUGGAGUGAGCAAGAUAUGGCUAAAAUAAAAUAAACACAUUGCUAUUUUGAACUAUGAGGAGGGCUUAGAAUACUAUGUUAAGUCAAUACGAGAAAUGACCGAGAUCCCAAUAGUUAUCUGUGAUCCCAGCAGCUCAUCUGAUGGGAUAAGGAAGUUGUAUAAGAAAUAUGACGGAAUCUUCCAGUUUAUUGGAAACCCUAAAGUCGUCAAUACCUUAUCAAUAGUGGUCCGCGAAGCUCAACAUGUUAUUAUCUGUUCACCUUCACAGCUGAGUUCUGAGAUGGUAGAUAUGGACGCUGUUGUGAUUGCAAACUAUAUUGAAGAAUGGUUCCCAAACGUACCUUACUGAGUGAAUCUUAAGAACGAACAGAGUGUAAAACUAGUUGAAAAUACAAUUUUCCAAAACAACAACCUUGAUCUAACAAACGUGUAUUCAACUUCUUUCAUGAAUGGAAAAGUAUUGAACUCCUACCUGCUUCUAAACAUCGGUAGUAUAAUGUGUAACAACCCCCAUUGCUUCAAGUUCAUCAGUGAUAUGAUUGAUAGCAGGCCUGAUUCGAACCAAUUAAUGACUUUACAAGUCAAAAACUCAAUUUUAGAAGGGCGGAAGUAUGGUGAGGUGUACAGCUCGCUUAUGAGUGAACACUCGCCUGUUAAAAUUCUGCCGAUAGGUAUACUGACAUUCUCAAGAUUCUUCAAGCUAGAUUUCCUGGGCAAUAUGCUUGAGGACCUUAAAAAUGACGAAUAUCAUCAAUCAAAAGGAUGGGAGAAUGAUCAACAAGAUUCCGAUUCACAAGAUCCUCAUGCUAAAGAGGCAGAGAAUAUCAAGAUUCCUCCUAUUUCAGUGGUCAUGCUUAAUCCAGCCCAGGAGUAUGUACUUCAUGCUGAUGACAUCCUGUACGGUUUCGGGACUAUCAAAAAAGAGGACAUCGCCGAGUUCUAUAAGUUGGAAGAGUUCAUCAAUGACGACACCUACGAAACCAUCGAAAUGAUCAGAGAACGAGAAAAGGAAAAAGCAGAAGUCAAUAGAGCUAAAUUUAUCAGGAAACACAACGUCAAGUUGAUCAUGGAGGUGCUGAGAGAUAGAGUCAAGAAUUACUCUGAAUAAGGAAAGUAAAAUGUUAUUAUCAAUGUGGUAUAUAGUUAAUG